GCAGUGGUCCAGAAACAUAUAGAGAGAUUUACCAUACCGUGGACCACGAAAUCAGUCCGUAUAUCGAAUAGGAGGGGGGGCGGUGGAAACGAUAGUCCGAUGGCUCGGAUUAAGAGGGGACUUCGACGACAAGUCAUCAUGGCUGUUGUCGCUGCAGUGAAACUUAUAAUCGAGGGUGCUUACGAGGCGAUGGAAGCGUUGUGGGACACUGACGUUCAAGGGCAGGGUGGCAUGCUCGCUUCCCUAAACUUGGAAGCCAUGUCUAUCAUGUUCGAGUGGCCGGCUUUGAUAGAAGCAACCGACAUCAUUGCCAGGGGACCACCUCGAUGGUGGGUGAUGAGGCGUGCACCAGGCUUGUGGAGGGACCUGGAGAUUAUCGACAAUGCAGAUGACGAUUAUUAUUCGACUCUGCUGAGAAUGCGCCGAUCCACUUUCAAUCGAAUCCUGGAUACUGUCCGUCCUGAGCUGGAGAAGCAGGUCACCCGUUUCCGGGUGCCGCUUCCGCCCGCACAGGUGUUGGCUUAUGCCAUCCACCGAUGGGCACACGAAGAUAGUCACAAGCACAGUUCAUCAGCUUAUGGGAUGGGCAAGACGAGUGCCCUGCGAGCUGUCAGGGAGGUGGUCGCUGCCAUCGUAAAGUGUUUCCCUAACGAAGUCAACUUUGGGAAUCCAGCGGACAGGAAUAGAACAAUGAAGGCUUACCAGGCUCGCGGAUUUCCAAACUGUGUAGGUUGUAUAGACUGCACACAUAUAUACGUGGACAAACCGAAGAAUAGAAAUGGUGAUGAGUUUUCCUCGGGACGCACGAAACGAUUUUCGCAGGUAGCGCAGAUGGUAUUCGAUAGUGAUUUGCGGAUAGUUGAUUUAUCAUUCGUUUUCCUUGGCACGGUUCACGACUCGCGGGUUCUUCUUAACUCGUCAUUGUAUGAACGAGCUAUGGAUGGUGGUUUGUUCAAUGAGGUUCCUAAAGAUCCAUUCAGGCACGAGCGCAUAUCUGUCCCUGGUGUCCCGGGUCAAUACCUGUUGGCAGACAAAGGAUACCCCAACCUGCCGUGGAUCAUCAGGCCAUACGGCAAGCCAGAGAAAGCUACACCUCAGACCAUCAUCUUCGACAAUAUUCACAAGGUGGUUCGGACGGAUGCAGAGCGUGGAAUUGGGUUGUUCAAACAGAAGUUUCAGUUAUUCUACCGUGCACAUGUGACGAACCAGCAGACCGUCGGAUCCGAGGUCCACGCGGCAUGCAUCAUUCGUAAUCUGCUCCGGAAAUGGGGAGAUGUGGAGGACGAGCGGCACAUGCGUCUGCGCCAAGAUAUUCCUAGCAUUGGGAAUGUGCCUGUUCCACCACAACAUGUCCCUGAAUCAGCAAGCUCAUUGAGGGCAGCAGGGAAGGCAGUACGUACCGCAUUGUGCGACCACGUGAAUGCAUGGAACGCACAACGACAACGAGAAGUAGCAUUGCGGAGGGCGGCCGCACGUCGUCAAGCAGUCCACUAAACGUGUGUGUGUGUGUGUGUGUGUGUGUGUGUGUGUGUGUGUGUGUGUGUGUGUGUGUGUGUGUGAGAGAGAGAGAGAGAGAGAGAGAGAGAGAGA